AACAAAGGUGAACUGAGCUGGAAGGAGGUGAGAGGAAGAAGCCUUGCAGAGGGCUGGAGAAAGGGACCUCUGUUCUGCCUCCUGCCCUCUCCCUGAAGAUCAGGCUGACAACGUCCAGAGGCUGGAGCACUUGCUGACCUGGAGCUACAGCCACAGGCCUAGCAGCACCUCUGGACAGGGCUUGAGGCCAUGGCUCCACCAUCUGCUGCCAGCAUCCCUCUCCUACAUGGCGAGUUUGGUUCCUACCCAGCCUGUGGACGGCGAGUGGCCCUCACCCUCACCCUGAAGGCCCUGCACAUCCAGCAGCUGCGCCCAAAGCCAGAAGCACGACCCCGGGGUGGCCUGGUGCCCCUGGCCGAGGUGUCUGGAUGUUGCACUCUGCAGAGCAGCAGCGCCUCGAACACCGCAGCCUACUUCUGCAUCUACACCUACCCACAGGGCCGGCGUGGGGGCCGCCGCAGAACUACCCACACCUUCCUGGUAGAUGGGGCGGCCACCUAUGAGGAGAACCGGGCUGAGGCCCAGCGCUGGACCACAGCCCUCAAGUGUCUGCUCCGAGGAGUGCCGCUGCCCGGGGAUGGGGAGAUUACCCCUGACCUCUUACCUAGGAGACCACGGUUGCUCCUAUUGGUCAAUCCCUUUGGGGGGCGUGGCCUGGCCUGGCAGCAGUGUAUGAACCACGUGUUGCCCAUGAUCUCUGAAGCUGGGCUGUCCUUCAACCUGAUACAGACAGAACGACAGAACCACGCCCGGGAGCUGGUGCAGGGGCUGAAACUGAGCGAGUGGGAUGGCAUUGUCACUGUCUCUGGAGACGGGCUGCUCUACGAGGUGCUGAAUGGGCUUCUGGAUCGCCCUGACUGGAAGGAGGCUGUGAAGAUGCCUGUGGGCGUCCUCCCCUGUGGCUCGGGCAAUGCGCUGGCUGGAGCACUGAACCAGUUUGGGGGGUUCCAGCCGGCCAUGGGCAUAGACCUGUUGCUCAACUGUACACUGCUGCUAUGCCGGGGUGGCAGCCAUCCUCUCGACCUGCUCUCGGUGACGCUGGCCUCCGGAACCCGCUGCUUCUCCUUCCUCGCUGUGGCCUGGGGCUUCGUGUCAGAUGUGGAUAUCCAGAGCGAGCGCUUCCGGGCCCUGGGCAAUGCCCGAUUUACCCUGGGCACAGUGCUGGGCCUUGCGGCCUUGCACACCUACCCGGGGCGCCUCUCUUACCUGCCUGCCGACAUGGACUCGGCCUUGCCCAACCCUGCGCACAGCCUGCCCCGGGCCAAGUCGGAGCUGACCCUGGCCCCAGCCCCGGCCCCACCCGUGGCCCACUCCCCCUUGCACCGCUCGGUGUCUGACCUGCCCCUGCCCCUCACCCAGCCUGCCCUGGUCUCCCCCGGCUCCCCGGAGCCCCUGCCUGAGCUCACGGUCAAUGGCAGGAGCCCGGAACUGGUGGGAGACUGGGGAGGAGCUGGGGACGCGCCCCUGUCCCCAGACCCGCUGCUGCCCUCUCCCCCCAGGUCCCCCAUCACGGAAGUGCCCCCGGGACCCCCGCCUCCCGCCCCUGGAGCCCCUGAGGGCUGUCCGCGGGGUCCCCCCGAUGACCUGCUGCCUCCGUUGGGCAGCCCGCUGCCCCCCGAGUGGGUGACGCUGGAAGAGGACUUCGUGCUGGUGCUGGCCAUGUCCCCCAGCCACCUGAGUGCGGACCUGGUGGCGGCCCCGCACGCGCGCUUCGACGACGGCCUGGCGCACCUGUGCUGGGUGCGCGCCGGCGUCUCGCGCGCCACGCUGCUGCGCCUCUUCCUGGCCAUGGAGCGCGGGGCGCAGUUCGGCCUGCGCUGCCCGCACCUGGGCUACGCGGCCGUCCGCGCCUUCCGCCUGGAGCCGCUCACGCCCCGCGGCAUGCUCACGGUGGACGGGGAGCUGGUGGAGUACGGGCCGCUCCAGGCGCAGGUGCACCCGGGCCUGGCGACCCUGCUCUCCGGACCUCCGGGAGACCCGAGCCCCGGCCUACUCUGACGGCCCGCCUGCCCGCCCUCCCAGGGAGGGGGGGCCAGAGAAGUGCCGGAGCGGC